AUGCAUGUUGUUCAGUCGGCUGGACAUGAUGGAUGGUUGCUGUCCCUACACUGCCACCAAAGCAACUCAUUUUAUCCAUGGCUGUUGUUCUUUAUGCAGACGUCCUUUUCCAAAACAUUGCAUCUUGGUUGUGUUGUAGCAUUGUGCAACAAGCAAAUGUUCAGUGCAUCAGUCCCGCAAGCACUCGGAUCUCAAGAUAUGAAAAGUCCUGGGAAGGCGACCGUUGCUAGGGCUGGAAGGCACCGUGGGGCUGGCUUCCUGCGUGUGUGUUCAACGCCAAUUGCACUGCUGCGUCAGCGACGCGACUCGUAA